AUGCGCGCACAUCCCGCCAGCCUGGAUGUACAGCAGCAGGCGUGCGGGGCGCUGUCAAGUCUGGCUGCCAACGCCGACAACCGUGUCAAGAUCGCGGGGCUCGGGGGCAUCGAGGCCGUGCUCGCAGCUAUGCGCGCACAUCCCGCCAGCCAGCCCAUCGCGGGGCUCGGGGGCAUCGAGGCCGUGCUCGCAGCCAUGCGCGCACAUCUCGCCAGCCUGGAUGUACAGCAGCACGCGUGCGGGGCGCUGGGCAGCCUGGCUAUCAACGACGACAACCGUGUCAAGAUCGCGGGGCUCGGGGGCAUCGAGGCCGUGCUCGCAGCCAUGCGCGCACAUCCCGCCAGCCAGCCCGUACAGCAGCUCGCGUGCGGGGCGCUUGGGAGCCUGGCUAUCAACGCCGACAACGAGGUCAAGAUCGCGGGGCUCGGGGGCAUCGAGGCCGUGCUCGCAGCCAUGCAAGCACAUCCCGCCAGCCAGCCUGUACAGCAGCAGGCGUGCAGGGCGCUGACAAGCCUGGCUAUCAAUGCCGACAACCGUGUCAAGAUCGCGGGGCUCGGGGGCAUCGAGGCCGUGCUCGCAGCCAUGCGUGCACAUCCCGCCAGCCAGCCCGUACAGCAGCACGCGUGCGGGGCGCUGACAUGCUUGGCUAUCAACUCCCAAAGCCGUGUCAAGAUCGCGGGGCUCGGGGGCAUCGAGGCCGUGCUCGCAGCCAUGCAAGCACAUCCCUUCAGCCAGCCCGUACAGGAGCAGGCGUGCGGGGCGCUUGGGAGCCUGGCUGUCAACGAUGACAACGAGGUCAAGAUCGCGGGGCUCGGGGGCAUCGAGGCCGUGCUCGCAGCCAUGCGCAAGCAUUGCAGGAGCGAGAAACUACUUGUUGAGGCCAUCAGCCUUCUGGCACGUUUUGAUUCAAAUAUAAUCAGCAAGGUCCAAUUUUUUCCGAUAUGUCUUAGCUUAAUGUACUUUUUCUGUCUUGCAGAGCCGGCUGAUAGAGUCUCGUGUGAGAGAUCUUGUCUCCGAUGCCAUGAACAGCUUCAAGCAGAAUACCAUCAUACAAGAGAAGGGCAAGAUUGUUCUAGAAGCGCUGCAAUGACGUUGUCGAUCAUUGUAGCAUGCUGA